GGUGGAGGCUCCUUCUCAGGAGGCUCCCAAAUCCACCUGGACAUGUUCCUGUGCCUCCUGAGCGAGGGGAACCUGCUGGAGCAGAGGCUGGGGCUGGAGGAGCUCAGCAGGGCCCUUCCAGCCCCCACCAUUCUGGGACUGGUGGCAGCAGUGGCUGGAGGCACCAUGACUGAGCAGCAAAGUCCCCCGGAGCAGAUGGCGACCGGGGAGGGUGCUGGUGAGCGAGGUGGCACUUACAAGAUCACCAUCUACGAGCUGGAGAACUUCCAGGGCAAGAAGUGUGAGCUGACAGAGGAGCUCCCCAACAUCACCGAGAAAGAGCUGGAGAAGGUGGGCUCCAUCCAGGUGGAGUCUGGCCCGUGGCUGGGCUUCGAGCGACAGGCCUUCGCCGGGGAGCAGUUUGUGCUGGAGAAGGGGGAUUAUCCCCGCUGGGACUCCUGGUCCAACAGCCACAACAGCGACAGCCUCAUGUCCCUCCGGCCCCUCCAGAUCGACAGCCCCGACCACAAGAUCCACCUGUUUGAGAACGCGGGCUACAGCGGCCGCAAGAUGGAGAUCGUGGACGACGACGUGCCCAGCCUCUGGGCCCACGGCUUCCAGGACAGAGUGGCCAGCGUCAGGGCUCUGCACGGAACGUGGGUGGGCUACGAGUACCCCGGCUACCGCGGGCGCCAGCACGUCUUCGAGAAGGGCGAGUACCGGCACUGGAACGAGUGGGAUGCCAACCAGCCCCUCAUCCAGUCCGUGCGCCGCGUGCGGGACCAGCAAUGGCACCAGCGCGGCUGCUUCGCCAACAGCUGAGGGGCUGCAGCCCCCCAACGCCGCUGCCCCCGCGCCCCCAGCGCCUCAGGCCCUGACUGGGGUGGUGUUUC